GAAGUGGACCCAGAUGUGAGUUAUUUUAUUUUAUUUAUUAGUUAUUCCUCAUCGGUGCCUUCCUCUUCUCAUUCCGAAGCUCUCAUUCUGAAACCCUAAGACUUCCUCCUCCUCCUCCUUCCGAUCAAAACCCUAAAGACAAAAAACCCUAAAGACAAAAAACCCCUUUCAUUUCUUUCUCUUCUGAAAUUAAAUCACAGUAUUUCGACUAUGGGAUCGGAGAUCGCUCUACACAAAUUCCCUUCUUCUUCCGAUCACCAUUCUCAGCCCACCGCUGCUUCUCACUCAGUCGUCCGUAGUAACGCGUCUCCGACCAACGUCACCCAGCAAUCCGUCGUUCCUCGCAAAUCCACCGCCUCGUUAUCAUCCUCUUCUUCUUCGAGGGACCGUCACACCAAGGUCAACGGAAGAGGGCGGCGUGUCCGUAUGCCGGCCCUCUGUGCCGCCCGAAUCUUUCAGUUGACGCGCGAGCUCGGUCAUCGUUCCGAUGGCGAGACUAUCGAGUGGCUUCUUCGUCAGGCUGAGCCCUCCAUUAUUGCCGCCACUGGCACUGGUACUGUUCCGGCAGCUCCGAUCUCAACCAUUUCACCGGCUAUGGCCUCGUCCGCUCUGUCCGUUUCGUGUCGGGUUCAGUCGGUGGGGGUUGCCGCCGAUGAGCAGGGGAUGUUCGCGAUGCCACCGCCGAGCUGCCGUCUGGAUUUAUGCCAGCCGGUGGGGUUGGACUACUCUGCCGCGGGCAAUGAUUAUCGCCACAUGCCGUUUACGGCGCUACUGUUGCAGCCGUCGACGGCAGACGAGGCGGAGGAGAGACAGGAGGAGGAGGUCUUCAGAGAAUAAUACAAAUUUGAAAGGGAUCAAACAGACACAGACAGCAAAUUGCAGUACGGAAAUUUACCCUUUUUCAUCUCUUCUCCGUUCUCCUUCCUCGUUCUGGUUUUGGAUGGAAUUUGUAAAGGGAAGAAGAAUCUGUAGGCUCUUCUACUACUGCUAUGGAAAUUCGAUUAUUUUUGUUUCUA